AUGGCAAAAUCACCGGAAAUGGAGCACCCAGUAAAGGCCAUUGGAUUGGCUGCUACAGACCCAAGUGGGAUUCUUUCUCCUUUCAAGUUCUCAAGAAGGGCCACUGGCGAGCAUGAUGUGCAGUUUAAAAUCUUGUAUUGUGGGAUUUGCCAUUCGGAUCUUCACAUUAUCAAGAAUGAUUGGGGUACCACACAGUACCCGGUCGUGCCAGGGCACGAGAUUAACGGGGUGGUAACCGAGGUUGGAAAAAUGGUGAACAAGUUCAAGGUUGGGGACAAAGUCGCCGUAGGAUGUUUGGUCGGCUCGUGUCGGGAAUGUGAUCUUUGUACCAAGGAUCUUGAGAAUUACUGCAGUAAACAGAUAAUCACCUUCGGUUCCAAGGACGUCGAUGGCACCACGACAUAUGGAGGGUACUCUGACAUCAUGGUGGUUAAUGAGCACUUUGUUCUUCGCUGGCCAGAAAACUUUCCAAUGGACGCUGGUGCUCCCCUCGUAUGCGCCGGGAUUACAACUUACAGCCCGCUCAGGCACUAUGGACUGGACAAGACAGGAUUGCAUAUCGGCGUUGUGGGGCUAGGCGGGCUCGGCCAUAUGGCCCUUAAGUUCGCCAAGGCGUUUGGCUCUAAAGUUACAGUCAUCAGUUCAUCUCCUAAUAAGAGGAAGGAUGCAAUUGAGAAGCUAGGUGCGGAUGCAUUUUUGUUUAGCCGUAAUCAGCAGGAAUUGCAGGCUGCAGUGGGCACAUUGGACGGGAUAAUUGAUACUGUUUCUGCAGCUCACUCCCUCGCGGAUUUAUUAAGUUUGUUGAAGACUGAUGGUAAACUGAUAAUGGUUGGUGUGCCGGAAAAGCCGCUAGAGCUGCCGGUUUUCCCCUUGCUUGUACAGGGGCGGAAGGUGGUGGCCGGCAGUGCGAUUGGAGGACUGAAAGAGACACAGGAGAUGCUUGAUUUUGCAGCAAAACACAAUGUAUUGCCAGACGUGGAGCUCAUUACCGUGGAUUAUGUUAACACCGCAAUGGAGCGUCUGAAAAAAGCUGAUGUCAAAUAUCGAUUUGUUAUCGACGUUGGCAACACAAUCUGA